AUGUAUGAAGAAGAUAUGGAGAAUAGUAUAGAAGCGACCCCUGAAGUUAUAGGAGACGAAGGAGAGCGGCCUGCCACAACAACCUACAGAAGUACUGCCACGCCGGCGCAACAGCUCGGCUUAAUUACUGCGGAACUUAGGGGUGUGAAAUUGCAAAAACCGCUUGAACCCCGAGAAAUCCCUGAAAAUGGCGGUUCACGAAGUGAUCCGCAUAAUAAAUCAAUUCUGAUGUCCAAAUUUGACAAUCUUCCAUCAAUUCUAAGGCAUCGGGGUAAAUCCAUUUCUAGAUUCAGUGCAUUUACAGUACUGGAUGCUAAAGGAAAGGAAGUGUCAACUAUUUCAUGGGACAAAUUGGCUUCCAGGUCCGAGAAGGUGGCACAGAUGAUCCGUGAUAAGUCUGGUCUAUACAGAGGUGAUCGAGUAACGCUGUUUUACCAAGAGAAUGAACUCAUUGAGUUUGUUGUGGCUUUAUUAGGUUGCUUUGUAGCUGGUGUUGUUGCUGUUCCAGUUGCAGCGUCAUCCAGAUACAGAGAUAUAGAAUACAUCCUUACCAGUACACAGUCUCAUUUAGCGCUCACGACCGAAGCUUCUCAUAAACUAUUACAGAAGACAAUCGCACUUCAUAAGUUUCAUUGGCCCAAGAAUGUCGAGUGGUGGAAAACGAAUGAGUUUGGUCUAUACCAUCCUCCUAGUAAGAAGGCAGAGCUGCCCCCAUUACAAGUACCGGAUUUGGCGUAUAUCGAAUUUUCAAGGUCACCAUUAGGAGAGCUAAGAGGCGUGGUAAUGUCCCAUCGUACUAUCCUACAUCAAAUGACAUGUCUGACAGCCAUGUUACAAAGCCGUGAUAAUUAUCAUGGCAAAAAGGGUGCAACAAGAGUGGGAGGCAGAACCGUUUUGUGUAAUGUUGACCUUCGACAAUCAAUUGGUCUCAUCAUCGGCGUACUACUUACUGUGUACUCGGGGAAUUCAACUGUGUGGGUCCCACAGUCUGCACUUUCUGUAGAAGGACUCUAUGCCAAUGCAAUUACUCGAUAUAGAGCAAACAUUUUGCUUUCGGACUACCCGUCUUUAAAGAGUGUUGCAGUUAAUUAUCAAAAUUUUCCACAUGCAACAAGAAAUUUCUCCAAAAAGCUACCUGUAGAUUUUUCUUCAGUGAGCUGGUGCCUUAUUGAUGCGUUAACUGUCGAUCCAGAGUUCUACGACUUGCUAGCUGAUAGGUGGUUAAAACCACUAGGCAACAGUCGAGCGAGAGAAGUGGUUACGCCGAUGCUAACACUCAGUGAACAUGGUGGCAUGGUGAUCUCAAUGAGAGAUUGGUUAGAGGGUCAAGAUAAAAUGGGAUGCAAUCUCGGUGGUGGUAAUGCUGGAAUUAAUUCUAUGGUUGAUGAUGAUAUUAACUCGGGCCCCUUUGAUCUGUCUGAAGUAUACCUUGACAACGAAUCGCUCUCUUCUAAUGUUAUAAAGAUUGUCUCUUCUUCGUACCGGAGUAGCACGGGGCAGGAUCCACCACCAAAACUCAUUCGAGUGGGAGCAUUUGGCUAUCCACUCCCUGAUGCUACUUUAGCAAUUGUCAACCCAGAGACGUCAAUCUUAGCUCCCGAGAUGGUUGUGGGUGAGAUAUGGAUUGAUAGCCCUUCUUUAAGCGGCGGCUUUUGGGGAUUGACUCUAGAUACAGAUAAAAUCUUCCAUGCUACCUGCUACAAUGAAGAGGGAAUGAUUGAUAUGGAGUUUUUAAGAACAGGUUUAUUGGGUUUUGUUUAUAAUGGCAAAGUUUAUGUCCUAGGCUUGUACGAGGAUAGACUCCGACAGAGGUGUACUGAGGAAGAUGAAGAGAGACAACUUCAGCUCCAAACUGAUGAUGUCAAUGAACCAAAACUGUUUUUGGAUGGAUAUCGCUAUCAUUAUACAUCCCAUCUGGUGGAUUCAAUUACGAGAAAUAUGCAGAGUCGUAUAUUUGACUGUUCUGCUUUUGAUAUCUUUAUUAAUGGAGACCACUUGCCAGUAGUUGUAUUGGAGAGUAGCCUGGCAAGAUUAGGGGUAUUACCAGGGCCAAGUUCAGCAUUUGCAUCUUCUUCCACCUUAGCAGGUGCAAGCAGUAGUGCAGGGGUUGUUGGAUCAGAUGUGUAUAACAAAGACUUAGUUGCUUUGAACGAUUUGUGUGACAAGGUAAUAGAACUGCUUUUCAGGUUCCAUAAGUUCAACGUCUACUGUGUAAUCGUUGCUCCUGCCAACAGUCUACCAAGGAUCACGAGGAGCGGGCGUUCUGAGAUUGGUAAUAUGCUCUGUAAACGCCGAUUUGACCUUGGAGCACUACCAGCAGCAUUUGUGAAGUUUGGUGCACACCGUGCCAUUCGUAACCUUCCUGCAGGACAAGAUAUUGUAGGUGGUAUUUGGUCGCCAGCCAUCUCGCGCAUUCGAUCGGAAUCAUUGGUUGGUUUUGACAAGCAGUACUCGGGUGUUGAUUUUAGAGAUGUUGUCAUUGAUGAUCGAACUGCGACGCCCUUGUCAGAUUUCAAGUCAAUUAUUCAUAUCCUAAGAUGGAGAGCAUCACAUCAGACAGAUGAGCUUGCAUAUAGCACAAUCGACAAUAGAGCUAAAGAAGGUAAGGCUCUGACAUAUAAAAAGUUUGACCAAAAAAUUGCGUCAGUAGCCAAUUUCUUGAAAAAGACCCAUCGAAUGGUAGCAGGAGAUUGCUUGAUUCUAAUGUAUACCCACUCAGAAGACUUUGUCGUAGCUGUCUACGCUUGUUUAUUGCUAGGUAUCACAGCUAUUCCAAUUGCUCCUAUAGAUUCAAAUCGCCUACACGAGGAUCUUCCUGUUCUAACGAAAAUUAUCAAGGACUAUUCAGCAAGAGCAAUUCUGGUUCAUGGAGAAACUGACAGUAUUUUCAAAAACAAACAUAUUAGCCAGCAACUGAAACAACUAGCCACUUCAAGUCGUAUUGCUGUGCCGGCAUGUCAUAAUACUAGUAAAGUGAAGAUAUCACCUAGUAUGGCUACCAAAGACUUUGAAAUGCCGGUAAAAGCAUUUUCGAAUGAUUUCCCAGCAGUAGUAUGGAUAUACUUCACAGCAGACCACCGAUAUAAUGCAGUCCAAUUGUCACAUCAAACGAUUAUGGGAAUGUGCAAAAUUCAGAAAGAAACAUGCCAAAUGUCGAGUACGAAACCAAUUUUAGGAUGCGUUAGAAGUAUUAGUGGACUCGGCUUUCUUCAUACUUGCUUGAUGGGCGUUUAUUUGGGAGCAUCGACUUUACUACUCUCGCCAAUCGACUACGCAAAUAAUCCUUCGACAUUCUUCUUAACGCUUUCGAGAUAUAAAGUCAAAGACUCAUAUUCUACCCCCCAAAUGCUCGAUCAUGCCUGUAAUAUUAUGAAACCAAAAGGAUUUAGUUUGACUGAAACCAAAAACCUCAUGGUGGCAAUGGAUGGUCGGCUGCGAACAGAUAUUGUCAAAAAUGUUAGAUUUGUCUUUGCCAGUACUGGUUUGGAGGCCACUUCUAUUAACUUGGGUUACUCGCAUAUUUUGAAUCCUUUGAUCACAACUAGGUCGUAUAUGUCGAUCGAGCCUAUUGAUCUCUGGCUGGAUCCUAUGGCUCUUAGACAAGGAUAUGUGUCUGUUGUAAAUCCUGAAAAUUAUCCCAAUGCGCUUCACUUACAUGAUUCAGGAAUGGUUCCUGUAAGUACUCAAGUAGCAAUUGUGAAUCCGGAAACCAACAGAUUGUGUAGAGUAGGCGAAUUUGGAGAGAUAUGGGUCUUUUCGGAGGGCAACGUGACAGGGAUAUUCAGAUCUAAAGACCAAUUUAUGAAUGAUCGCAUGCAUGGAAAAAUCGUGGAUGGCAAUAGUGAUAUCGACUAUAUUCGCACCGGAGAUUUAGGAUUUCUUCACACGGUCUCCAAAAGUAUUGGGCCAGCUGGUUCAGGGCAGACAAUUGAGAUGCAAACUUUGUUUGUUCUUGGUAGUAUCGGAGAAACUUUUGAAGUUCUGGGCCUCAAUCACUUUCCAAUUGAUAUAGAACAGUCGGUUGAAAGGUGUCAUAAAUCCAUUGUUCCGGGGGGUACUGCCAUUUUUCAGGCCGGGGGAUAUAGCAUUAUUAUUGUGGAAGUGAGUUUACCGAUAAGGGGAGGGGGGACCCUGGCGUCACUGGUCCCAGUAAUCGUAAACACAAUUCUCGAGGAGCAUCAGUUUGUUGUGAAUAUUGUAGCCUUUAUGUCAAAGGGCGAAUUUCCCCGAUCAAGAUUACAAGAGAAGCAGAGAGGAAAAUUGUUACAAUUGUGGGUUAGCAAAAAGUUGAAACUCAUAGGACAGUAUGGGGUUUUGGCUGAAGAUAAUAAUACCGUUGUAGAAUCAAAGUGA